GACUAUAUGACCUAUUUUAAACACGUCAAAGCAUUUCAAAGCAUUUACUUUGAGUUCUUCUGAGUUCCCCAUUUCAAAUAUUCGCGAGCCGCAUACUAUAUCAUGGAGAAGCUCACUACGAACGAAGUCGCAUCCAGUUCUCCUAAUGCUGUUUUUCCGUCAACGGUCUCGCCAGAGAUUACGACUCUGCCAGCAGAAAUAGGAUCCAAAUCAUCCAGCAUGAAGAAUGAUUAUGAGCUAAAGACAUCCGUAACUGACGUGAACGAAUAUGUUACUGGCUUUAAGUUAGUAAUCAUUGUGGCUAGUGUAGCCAUGGCCUGCUUCCUUAUGCUGGUAGACACGAUGGUGAUCAACACUGCCAUCCCUCGAAUUACAGAUCAGUUUCACUCUCUCCAUGACGUCGGAUGGUAUGCCAGUGCAUAUCAGUUCGGAAGUGCGGCUCCACAGCCUUUGACAGGCAAAAUUUAUACUCACUUCAAUACCAAGUGGACAUUUCUGGUCUUCUUUGGCAUCUUCGAGCUUGGCUCUGUGCUCUGUGGUGCUGCUGUAUCUUCGGUCAUGUUGAUAAUUGGUCGCGCUGUGGCUGGCCUUGGUGCUGCCGGGAUUAUCAACGGUGCCAUCACUAUCGUUUCGAGCUGUGUCCCUCUAGAGAAACGCCCUGGUCUAAUUGGAAUUACCAUAGGAAUUAACCAGCUUGGACUAAUAGUUGGGCCACUUCUUGGAGGCGUAUUCACUUCAUACAGUACAUGGCGAUGGUGUUUUUACGUCAACUUGCCUCUUGGCGCAGUCACAGUUAUCGCAAUUAUCCUUCUGCGUAUUCCGGAACAGACUUCCAAAUUAAAUGCUACCAUCGUUUUUCGUCAGCUGCAUCAUCACCUCGAUCUCUUAGGCUUCGCUCUUUUCGCUCCAGCGGUGCUCCAACUGCUACUGGCACUUCAAUAUGGAGGCAACAAGUAUGCAUGGAGUUCCUCACAAGUUAUUGGUCUCUUUUGUGGAGCUGCUUCAACCUUUGCAGUAUGGUUCUAUUGGAACCGAUACAGAGGUAAUGACGCCUUACUUCCACAUUCCAUGAUCAGCCGAAGGGCAGUGUGGACGGCAGGGCUUUACCAAGCCUUUCUAAUGGCGGCUGUGUACGGAGCAGCGUAUUUCCUCCCCAUCUAUUUUCAGGCUAUCAAAGGCGUGAAUGCCAUGCUCAGCGGCGUAUAUCUACUACCGACCAUCUUUCCCCAGUUAUUCAUGGCUGGAUCAUCUGGGGCGCUCAUAUCAAAGAUAGGAUAUGUAAUUCCUUUGGCUGCUUUGUCCGCUAUUCUACUGUCCACUGCCAGCGGUCUGUUUUCAAUUCUCCAGCCUGGCAGUGGUGCCGGAGAAUGGGUCGGAUUUCAAAUCAUGGCCGGUGUUGGCUCAGGGGCUGGUCUACAAGUGGCCAUUAUUGCGAUCCAAGCCGUCGUGUCGGGAAAUGAGCUCUCGUCUGCUAUGGCUUUUAUUGUAUUCACUCAAUCUUUGGGUCCCGCCAUUGUCUUGACUUUAUGCAACCUGAUCUUUGAUGAAUCUCUCAAAUCGCAACUGUCUCAACAAGUACCGCACGCCAAUACCACCCAAAUAAUUACUGCUGGAGCUACAGGAUUCCGCGCCAUUGUCGAUGCUGAUGACCUUUCCGGUGUCCUGAAGGCCUAUGCCAAUAGUAUCGAUCGAGUCUUUUAUCUGGUCGCAGCUAUGGCUGCUAUGUGUGGCGUUGUUCUUUGGGGCAUGGGCUGGCAGGACCUUAGAAAGAGGACAGACAGUGAACAGCAGGAAAGCGAAGGGAGAAACGAUAGUAGUCAAAGUUAGGAGCCACUCACAUCGGGAAUUACACAAUCGAGUGGAUCUGGAG